CUAAACUACGGUUUUCAAUGGCUAAAGUUGCAGCACAUCUCUCCUUCUUUCUCCAGAUAUUGCUUCUCCUUUCAGGAGGAACUUUGAUGAUAGUAAAUGGACAGAAAACAUGGUGCACGGCUAAGCCAUCAUCAGACCAAGCAGCUCUUCUGGAAAACAUAAACUACGCAUGUUCUCAAGUGGAUUGCCAAAUUAUACAGAAAGGUUGUCCUUGUUUCUAUCCCAACACUCUCAUCAACCAUGCUUCUGUUGCCAUGAACCUUUACUACCAGUCCAUGGGAAGAAACGUUUGGAAUUGCGACUUCAAAGCCUCCGCUCUCAUUGUCUUAACCGAUCCAAGUUAUUCAAACUGCAUUUAUGCGUAA